AUGUGUCCAUUUACUGAUCCAAAACAGUUACCCUGUUUGCACAGUUUCUGUCUUCAAUGCCUGAACGAUAUUCAGCGAUCGAGCGGCGUCCAUGGCCAAAUUACAUGCCCCGAGUGCAGGAGACAGUUUCAGAUCCCUGGAAGUGGAACUCCCAGCGAACUUCCCACCAAUUUUCGCAUAAACAGUUUGCUAGAUGUCCUGACAAUUAAAGAGUGCAGUACAGCUAACGUGAUAUGUGGAAACUGCGACAAGCGGAGCGCACAGACCUUAUAUUGUUUCCAGUGUUGUUCUUUUUGGUGCGAGGAGUGUAUUUUAGGACAUAACAUAAUACGCACUAAUAAAGACCACAAGACGCUGGCACUGAAAGAUUUUCAAGAUCAAGACAUCGAGGCCGUGUUACAACGACCAGCAUUUUGCCAGAAGAAACACCAUGAAAAAAAAGAGCUCACAUUUUUUUGUAAGGACUGCAAAGUCGCCAUUUGCAACACUUGUGCUGUAACACUUCAUGACGGCCACGGAAAGAUGCUCUUGCAAGAAGCUACAGAUGCGCGCAAGACGCAGAUCAGCUCCGUGAUUAAAUCUUUAAAAGACAAGGCACUGGAAAAACGAAAGGAAAUCGAUGAAUUAAAGAAAAAGGGCAUGGACAUUCAAGACCAAGUAGCCGAAGUCAAAAGCCACGUGAAGGGGAAUGAAGACCAAAUGAUUGCAAUCAUCGAAGGGAGGAAACAAAAUGUUUUUGAUGCAGUCGAUAACGAAGCGAAAAAAUCACUGGAAACAUUCUCACAUAAAGAAAGCGAAGUUGAAAAUCAAGUGGAAGCAAUUGAAUCAGGAAUUGAAAAAAUUGAAUCGCUGUUGAAACGAAACUCCAGCACUGAAAUCCUAGGAUUCAAUAAAACAUUUUAUACAAUCCUGCAGCAACAGAGCACCGAGGAAAACCGUGACACCGAAUGUGUUCCCCGCUUUACUUUCACUAAAAGUGAAAAACUGUUUAACGUGUUAAACGAUGAAGGGAUAGGUAAUGUAACAACUUUUUUUAGCCAACCUAAAACGGCGCAAACAUCAUGAAUUAUGGAAUAAAGGAAGAUGUAAAGAAUCAACCAUAAGAGGACACAAAAAAUUUGAGCCCCAAAAGGGAUUCGAACCCCCGACCCUCCGUUUUCUCUUAUGGUUGAUUCUUUAAAUCUUAUUUUAUUCCCUUUAUUAUAUAAUAUGAGUAAAGUCAUGAAUGGAACGAAAAGAAAGCAGUAAAUUAAUUGCCGGGAGAAAAGGACGGGAAAAUGUUUAGCAAGCGGCUCCUGACACUGACUCAAGCACUGUACACUCUACACACUCGAGCGAGGCUGCAGAAGUGUCUUGGUGUUGUAAAAGGAAAAAACAAAAACAAAAACAACAAAACAAAAAUGAGGGAGGGAGGAUGCGUGUAUUCGGGAGUGUUGGGUGUCUUGGUAAGGUCGUCAAAGGGUAAAAUGUGGGCUUUCCUGUGAAGAAAUGGUUCCUUCCGCUUUAUCGCAUAAUUAUGCUUAAACAGUGUAAAGCUGUGCCUAACGCGUUUUUUGUGUGUUACAUACCCCAAUGCCACCAUCAAAUGCGAAUUCGAUCUACCUAAGCCUAGGCCAGCGGUAUCACAGGGCAGUCAGUCCUUUAUUUAGACAAAACCAAAGUGAAUACACUUCAAGGCUGAAACUGUUGAAGCAUCAAAAGCAUCUACUUAUAACUCAGAAAUAUGUCAAAACAGAAUAACUUAGUUAGGGUACAUGUGUAACUGAUAGACAUAGAAAAAAACAUUUUUAGAAACAUUGCAGUAUGAUCCUCUUUCUUCACUUUCUUGGAGCACCCAUCUUCUUUUAAUCUACUUAUCGCCAGUCCGGUCUCUACCAAAAUAUUUUCUAAUUAUUUCUAUAUAGUUAAUGAGUAUGCAGAUUAAAAAUUUUUAGAAUUGCAUAUAUCAGUUAUGGUAGAUAACUGCUGCUAAAAUACGUCAAAAAGUGCAAAGUAACUCUGUUGUGGUUGUUUAUCAUGAUCAUUACGUAAUAACGGUUGGCAUUCACUGUGCGUCACAAGGAAAAACCGAUAUUGGUGUUUCAGAACGGUUAUUUCGCCACAGUAUUUCAAAGCGUAGGUUGUUCCCAAUAGGCCAUUUGCACUAAGAGGCACGUGACAUCGUUUUUAUGAAAAUGAAAGUUACAUGAUUUUGCCUUCGAAAAACGAUUAGUGGGUCAUAUCUUAAACAAAAUAAUAGUCAUUUGGUUUUUCAAACCCGCACCAUUUUCUUAAAAUGAAUAAGUUCGUAAAUGGUCACGUGACCAAAAUGUGAUUUUUAAAAUUAUGAAUUAUCUCUCUCUGAACACAAAUUUUGCACUUAAACUUCAAGGAAAAUGUUGAAAAGAUGAUGUGAUAACGUUUACAGCAGAUCUGAGCGUAACUAUGAAAGGUUGAACAAGAUAUAAGCAAGAAGUAGUUUUGGCCGCCGUGAUGGAGGGCAAAAGCAUGCCCUCCAACAUGGCGGCCAAUACAAAUCAUACUUCUUUGCUGAAAAAUCAAAGUGCCAUAAAAUAUCUCCCUUAAGUGCGUUUCCUCUCAAAUUUCGGGUGUAAGAUAAUUUUUGUGUGCUCUAACAGUUUUUGGCAUCAGCAAGAUUCCAACUCAUUGUUUAAAGGAAGCAUUGGUCACGUGACCUCUUAGUGCAAGUGGCCUAUCUUUUCCAUGGAUAUAAAGACCUUGCUGGACAAUCUUCAUGAUGAGGUAUCCUGCCCUGUGUGUAUGUGUACAUUCACUGAUCCAAAGCAGUUGCCUUGUUUGCACAGUUUCUGUCUUCAAUGCCUGAACGAUAUUCAGCGAUCGAGCGGCGUCCAUGGCCAAAUUACAUGCCCCGAGUGCAGGAGACAGUUUCAGAUCCCUGGAAGUGGAACUCCCAGCGAACUUCCAACCAAUUUUCGUAUCAACAGUUUGCUAGAUGUCCUGACAAUUAAAGAGUGCAGUACAGCUAACGUGAAAUGUGGAAACUGCGACAAAAGGAGUGCCCAGACCUUAUAUUGCUUCCAGUGUUGUUCUUUCUGGUGCGAGGAAUGUAUUUUAGGACAUAACAUAAUACGCACCAAUAAAGAACACAAAACACUGGCACUGAAAGAUUUUCAAGAUCAAGACAUCGAGGCCGUGUUACAGCGACCAGCAUUUUGCCAAAAGAAACUUCACGAAAAAGAAGAGCUUACGUUCUUUUGCAAGGACUGUAAAGUGGCCAUUUGCAACACUUGUGCUGUAACACUUCAUGAUGGUCACGGGAAGAUGCUGUUGCAAGAAGCUAUAGAUGCACGCAAGACGCAGAUCAGCUCCGUGAUUAAAUCUUUCAAAGACAAGGCACUGGAAAAACGAAAGGAAGUGGAGCAAUUGAAGAAAAGGAGCACGGAAGUUCACGACCAGGUUGCUGACGUGAAAAGCCAAGUACAGAGGAAUGUAGACCAAAUAACUGCAAUUAUAAGAGUAAAGAAACAGAAUCUUUUUGAUACAGUUGAUUAUCAUGCGAAAAAAUCACUCGAAUCUCUCCAACAGAAAAAAAACGAAUUGGAAAAUCAAGCGAGAAUAAUUGAAUCUGCGAUUGAAAAAACUGAAUCUUUGUUGAAACGCAGCUCCAGUACUGAAAUCCUUGGAUUCAGUGAAACAUUUGAUACAAUCCUACAAGAAGAGCGCACCAUUGAAAAUCGUAACUCAGCUGAAUCUAUCCCGGCUCGGUUUAGUUUCAAUAAAAGUGAAAAUCUAAUUGAGAUUUUGAACAGUGAAGGGAUAGGUGACGUAAAAGUUGUUUCUAGCGAAACUAAAGCGAAACGAUCAGAGGCUGGAUGUGAACAAAGCAGUGAGGUAUUUGAUGAAAAUAGGAAACCUCAAGUUCGCCGGGCUAGUCAGGGUUCUAAAAGAGCAGACUUUCGGCGCGGUAGUCAAUGUUCUGUUGACAGUCUGGUAGCACAAUCGAUGUAUUUCAUAAAGCAAUCAUUUGGACAAAAGGGUAAGUCUUUUGGAAUGCUUUACAAUCCUUACGGUGUGGCAGUGAAUGGUCAUGAUGAAAUUGCUGUGACUGAAAACUCUAACCACAGGGUUUCAGUGUUUAGUAGUGACGGUACCCACUUAAGAUCGUUUGGAAAAAAAGGCAAGAGCUACGGUGAGUUCCAGUACCCUACAGGAAUCGCUUUUGAUAGUCUUGGUAACAUUGUAGUUGCAGACAAUGAAAACCACAGGGUACAAAUCUUUGAUGGCAAUGGUAAUUUUCUGAGAGCGUUUGGUAAACCAAAAAGUCGUGCGGACUACCAGCUUAAAUGCCCUGAAGGUCUGUCAAUAAACGACAACGAUGAUAUUAUCGUUGCUGAUACCGGCAACCAGUUGAUCAAGAUAUUUUCUUCUAGCGGGGAGUAUUUACGCAAAUUUGGCGGACCAGGUUUUUUUGCCUCUCCUUGUCACUGUAUCCAACACGGGCAAUAUCUUAUAGUUUCAGACUGCAGUAACCAAACUAUUAAACUGUUUAAACAUGAGGGAAAGUUUAUUUCUAAAUUUGGAAGGGAGGGGCAUAAGUCUGGUGAGCUGAAUAAGCCUCGUUACUUGUCAGUUAACAAAGAAGGAUUGCUAAUGGUGUGUGAUUCAGGAAAUCACAGGGUUCAGGUAUUUGAAUUGAGUGGAAAGUUUGUUACAAAGUUUGGAAGUAAAGGCAACGAGAAAGGGGAGUUUAAGCAUCCAAAUUCUACAGCAAAUCUUAGUGAUGGAAGGGUGGCAGUGUGUGACGGGGAUAACCAUCGAAUCCAGAUAUUUGGCUGAUCAAAUGUGAUUUAAUUUUAUCUUAAGAUUCAGUCACUUAAAAUUGAGAUGUGCUGUUGUUCUCAGUGACUCGUAUUUUUUGGAGGAAAAAUAUAUUUUUUUGUAGUUUAGUUUCUUGGCCUUUCUUAAUUUGCAUGGUAGCAUCGCUGAUCUGCUGGGUGAGCUUAGUCAUAACUUGUAUAAAUACUUAACAAAAUAAUACAAAUUAUACUCAGGUUUUUGAUUGGUAAAUAUAUUUUUGACAACCUUUUUAGUGUUAAUGUUGUUUAAUCUGUUAAGUAGUGCAACUAGUGUAGGGGUUCACAUUAAAAAAAAAAACAGUUUCACGGAUGCAUGGUCACCUUUCUUAUAGGGCGCUCAUUCAAGUAGGUUAUUUUUUUUAGUCCACAUAAACAAUAACGCAAUUAUUUUGAAUGUGGUUGCGUGUAUCAUAUAUGCCAAUAUAUAAAACAAUAGACUGCGAGCAAUCGUUUAAUUUUCUUUAAAGAUCAGUGGGUGGCGUAUUUAUGCGUACCACACUAGAAGCGACUAGAAAUUACGCGGAACGAGCCAUAACCGCGCAAAGCUCGCUUGUUAAAAAGUUUGUAUGCAGUUUAAUAUAGAACACUGAGAGGAUUUAUAGUUAAAACUGUAGAUUAUGUUUGCUUAGAAUUAGAGUGAUUUUACUUGAACCGUGAAUUAAAGAAGAUAAUAUUAAGCAACUACUGUAGAGCAAAAUAGCAACAAAUGAACAAAAGAAGACAAUAGAAUUAGUGCAUAAUAGUACGUAGUAUUCUACCACCUAUUUCACGGCUUAAGUACGUAAAAUCACUCUAGUCUGAUGUGGAAAUUUUAGGGGCUUAUACCUUUUAACAAUAUUUCCUGAUAACGGUUGUGUACUGGCUAUUACGGCUUUGUACUAAACAUGGUGUAAUAACUAUUACCAUAAAUUUGUAAUAAACUAGUAAUUUCAUUGGACGCUUGCUUGGUUCGUUUUCCACGAAAACGUUUAUUCCUUUUUACCUAUUCCGUCCCGGAGGUUUGGCCAAAAAAGGUUAAAGCACUAUCUAGACAAAAAAAAACCGAAAACUACCCAAAACGUCUUUUAUUCGUGCAUGUUUAUAAAUCCGCUUGCCUUCGUUACCUUUUUGAAAUAUAUGCAUUUAUUACCAAGCGUGCGGUUAAGAUGGCUAAAUGUUGGCCAAAGUUCGUUUCUCUUUAGAAUACAAGGUGUGCCACCACCUUCCCCUCCCUAGACAUUUUUACAGGGCGAUUGUGAGGUCCUGCGUUGCCGCGAUGGAGCAUUUUUCAUCAUAGGUCUUUUAGGGCAUAGAGAAUUUGUUUUCGUGGAAUUUCACCGAGUCUUUUUCUUUUUAUCCUUUUUAAAAUAAAAACUUAAAUCAGGCAUCAGUAAACUUGGUAAGUGGAGCAUGAAGGAAGUCAUAGUUUUGAAUACUAAAGCCUAUACUCCUCAAGGCGUAAAAAAAUGUUGUAAGUCAGAAAUAUGUCAAAAACGAACUAUAUUUUUGUUAAGUAGACCCAUAAUAGACUUCCGUACCAUCCUCAUUCUAGGGGGGCCCUCUUUAAUUUCAGUCUUCCAAUCGGCAGUCUCUAUUUACGAUUAGAAAUGGAUGUGUGUCAGUAUAAAACGUUCUGAGAGAAUGUGUAAAAAAGUUUAAAUUUAAUAGUUUACGAUUUUGUUAGCAGAUAACAAUUCUCGGAAGUAAAUAUAUCAACAAUAGCACUCAGCUAAUUGCUAAUGCUAAGCUAUGCAGGAUAUUUUUAGAUUCCUUGGCAAAUACGUCAUAUCAAGGGAAAGAAGUCUGUUUGAUUGGUUAUAAAAAUCAUAAAAACGCUUAGUCCGGGUCACUGGAAAGGCCCCGGUAUUGUUCUUCGGCACGUAGCCGUUUCUUUAAUCAUCAAUACAUGUACAAGACUACAGUAUUUCAAAACUCGCUUUGUUACCGAUCUUUUCCAUGGAUAUAAAAACCUUGCUGGACAAUCUUAAUGAUGAAGUGUCCUGUUCUGUUUGCAUGUGCCCAUUCACUGAUCCAAAGCAGUUGCCUUGUUUGCACAGUUUCUGUCUUCAAUGCCUGAACAGAAUUCAACGAACGAGCGGCGUCCAUGGCCAAAUUACAUGCCCCGAGUGCAGGAGACAGUUUCAAAUCCCUGGAAGUGGAAAUCCCAGCGAGCUUCCAACCAAUUUUCGUAUCAACAGUUUGCUAGAUGUCUUGGCAAUUAAGGAGUGCAGUACAGCUAACGUGAAAUGCGGAAACUGCGACAAGCGGAGGACCCAGACUUUAUAUUGUUUCCAAUGUUGUUCUUUCUGGUGCGAGGAAUGUAUUUUAGGACAUAACAUAAUACGCACCAAUAAAGAACACAAAACUCUGGCACUGAAAGAUUUUCAAGAUCAAGAUAUCGAGGCCGUGUUACACCGACCAGCAUAUUGCCAAAAGAAACACCAUGAGAAAGAAGAGCUCAAGAUAUUUUGCAAAAAUUGUCAAGUCGCCAUUUGCAACACUUGUGCUUUAACACUUCAUGAACGUCAUAGCAAAAUGCUUUUGCAAGCAGCUACAGAUGCCCGCAAGACACAGAUAAAUGCCCUGAUAAAUUCUUUAAAGAAUAAAACACUAGAAAAACGAAAGGAGGUCGAAGAAUUGCUCCAAAAGAGCAAGGAAGUUCAAGAGCAGGUAGCCGAAAUAAGAAACCAAGUGCAGACGAAUGUAGACCAAAUGAUUGAAAUCAUCCGAGCAAAGAAACAGGAAGUCUUUGAUGCAAUCAAUAAGCAAGCGAAAGUAUCACUGGAAUCUCUCACAGAGAAAAAACACGUACUUGAAAAUCAAAUAACAACAAUUAACUCUGCAAUUGAACAAACGGAAUCUUUGUUGAACCGAAGCUUCAAUACUGAAAUCCUUGGAUUCACUGAAACAUUUGAUACAAUCCUAAAGGAACAGGGCACCCAAGGAAACAGUGAAUCUGAAAGUAUUCCUCGGUUUAGUUUCACUAAAAGCGAAAAACUGAUUAACCUGUUAAGCAUGAGCGAGGGGAUAGGUAAUGUAGAAUUUGUUUUUAGCGAAACUAAAGCUCAACAAUCAGAAGCUGAACGUGAAGAAAGCGGUGAAGUAUCUAGUGAAAACAUUAGAGCAAAAUUUGGCCGUGGAGGUUCUUUUGCGGAACCCAAGGUACAAACCAAUCAAUUGAGACGGAAAUCAUUUGGACAAAAGGGUAAGUCUUUUGGAAUGCUUAACGAACCCUGGGGGAUAGCAGUGAAUGGUCUGGAUGAAAUUGCCGUGACUGAAUACUGUAACCACAGGGUUUCAGUGUUUAGUAGCGACGGAACCCACUUAAGAUNAACAAUUAACUCUGCAAUUGAACAAACGGAAUCUUUGUUGAACCGAAGCUUCAAUACUGAAAUCCUUGGAUUCACUGAAACAUUUGAUACAAUCCUAAAGGAACAGGGCACCCAAGGAAACAGUGAAUCUGAAAGUAUUCCUCGGUUUAGUUUCACUAAAAGCGAAAAACUGAUUAACCUGUUAAGCAUGAGCGAGGGGAUAGGUAAUGUAGAAUUUGUUUUUAGCGAAACUAAAGCUCAACAAUCAGAAGCUGAACGUGAAGAAAGCGGUGAAGUAUCUAGUGAAAACAUUAGAGCAAAAUUUGGCCGUGGAGGUUCUUUUGCGGAACCCAAGGUACAAACCAAUCAAUUGAGACGGAAAUCAUUUGGACAAAAGGGUAAGUCUUUUGGAAUGCUUAACGAACCCUGGGGGAUAGCAGUGAAUGGUCUGGAUGAAAUUGCCGUGACUGAAUACUGUAACCACAGGGUUUCAGUGUUUAGUAGCGACGGAACCCACUUAAGAUCGUUUGGCAAGAAAGGUAAGAGCAAUGGUGACUUCCAAUACCCUACAGGAAUCGCUUUUGAUAGUCUUGGCAACAUUGUGGUUGCAGACAAUGAUAACCACAGGGUGCAAAUCUUUGAUAGUAAUGGCAACUUUCUUAGUAAGUUUGGUAAGGAAAAAAGUCGUGACCACCCCCCGCUCAAAUGUCCUGAAGGUUUGUCGAUAAACGGCAAUGGUGAUAUCAUUGUUGCUGAUACCGGUACCCAAUUAAUCAUGAUAUUUUCUUCUAGUGGGGAGUAUUUACGAAAAUUUGGCGGACCACGUUUUUUCCUCACUCCCUAUCACUGUAUCCAACUUGGACAAUACUUUGUAGUCUCAGAUUGCAAUAACCAUUCCAUUAAAAUAUUAAAUCUUGAGGGAAAGUUUAUUUCUAAAUUUGGGAAGGAGGGGAACCGGGAUGGA